AUGCCGACUCCCAGUAUCACAUCUUCACAGCUGCCAUCGCUCCCACUUGACUCAUUGUCUGCGCGAGGAACAUGCCCUCCUGAAAUCGCCGACCGAUCAGACAGCUGGAAUAUCUCUACAGAUGAUACGUUUCAUAGUACCGCGUUGAUUGCGGUGUCGGACCUACAGCCGGAGCUUGCAGCUUCCCUCCAGGAUGCCCCUUCGAUGGACCAACUUUCAAUGCACGCUCUCAGCGAUAUAAAAGCGGAAAAUGACGUUACAGUUGAUCUCGCAAGUCCUACAGCCUCGGUAUUAAGCCAGUCGACCCAGAUCAAGGACGAACGACCCGGAUCACCAUCUCACAUGUCAUCCAUAUCUACUCCUUCCUAUGUGACCUCGCUGAGCCGUGAAUUCUCCAACAUUAGGCUCCUCCCUGACCAUCCUUGUUCCUUCUUGCGGGCUGGUAGUAAGUUCGUUGGAACCCAGCAAUCUGAUCGUCAAGUCUAUAAUGUGGAUGUGGAGAUCAAAGACGUCAACAUGGAAGAAUCAUUUCUUUGUGGUUAUCUUCGUAUUCAAGGUCUAACCGAAGACCAUCCUACCCUUACAACAUAUUUUGAGGGUGAAAUUAUAGGCACCAAACACACAUUCCAAACUCAGCACCAUUCAUGGGGUGCAACAGACAAAACCGACAUGCACCACUGGGCACGUUUUCCCGCAUGGCGACCUAUCGCAAAGAUCGCCAAAAAGCCCGAUUUUACCUAUAAGAACUUUGCACAAAGGGAGCAUAUUUUCAUGAGGUGGAAGGAAUACUUUCUGGUUCCUGACCACCGCGUGAGAACUAUAAAUGGUGCCAGCUUUGAAGGUUUUUACUACAUUUGCUUUAAUCAGGUCAAAGGAACUGUGAGUGGAAUAUACUUCCAUGCAAAGAGUGAAAAGUACCAGCAGCUAGAGCUUAAACAUGUUGAAAACCGAGGGUGUUUUGGCGCUAUGGAAUUUCGCUGA